AUGGCUUCCCUACCUUUACCCUUCGAUUCCGCUAUAUCUUUGGGCGCAAACAACCCGGCAGAAGCUGCGCAAUCAAGACCGUCCAACUCGAACUCUCCGAGAACUAUUUCACACCCGGCUGAUCCACGAGUAGAGCUUUCUUCCGAAGAGCUCGCGGAAGCACAAACAGCGGUCACACAAGCGCAAGACCAGAUUGAAAUCGAUGACCUCGACCCAGAUUCUGCCUUCGACGCAGGCUACGAAACAGACUCUGUGGGUUCAACAUCUGCUUCUAUUUCGAGUAGUGUGAGAGACUUCGCAUUCGAAAAUGGUAGGAGAUACCACAAGUUCAGGGAGGGGUCGUAUAACUUCCCCAAUGAUCCUAGUGAGCAGGAAAGGGAGGAUAUGAAGCAUGCUAUGAUGGUCAAUCUUCUGGGAGGGCAGUUGCAUUUUGCGCCGAUUGGCGAUAACCCGCAAAACAUUCUGGAUAUGGGGACGGGAACUGGCAUAUGGGCUAUAGAGAUGGGUGAUUUAUACCCAGGCGCCAACAUUCUCGGCGUAGAUCUAAGUCCAAUACAGCCCGAAUGGGUGCCCCCCAACGUCAGGUUCAUGGUCGACGACGUCGAGUCUCCCUGGCUCAAGCCACCCAAUCACUUCGAAUACAUACACAGCCGACACACUGUGAUGGCGAUACGAAACUGGCCUCUUCUAAUGCAGCGAGCUCUAGAGCAUCUCAAGCCCGGAGGCUGGAUGGAGCUUCAGGAGAUUCACCACUACCCCUAUUGCCACGACGGCUCCAUGCCGCCUGACCACACCAUCGCGCAAUACUGGAGCCUCGUCAUUACCGCUCUGGCCAACCUGGGGGUGAAUUUCAAUGCCACCCUUCUCCUGGAAGACAUGAUGCGAGAGGCAGGAUUCGUCAACGUAUCGACGCGGAUAUUCCACGUGCCGAUCGGGGUUUGGCCCAAGAACAAAGUGCUUAAGACGGUGGGCCUGUACUGGAGGACGAUUCUGCUGGACGGGUUAUUGCCGAUUGCGUUGGGGCCGUUGACGAGGGGCUUGGGGUGGUCGAAGGAGCAGGUCGAGGUAUGGCUGGUGGAGUGCAGGAAGGCGUAUAUGGAUAGCUGGGUGCAUAGCCAUAUGCCUCUCCAUAUCAUCUGUGGGCAGAAACCCGGUGGUGGGAGUAGGGCAGCUGCUUGGUAG